AUGGCAUCGGCUUAUGGAGAUCUGCGUCACUUGCUGCCGAGCAGUUAUAAACGGUCAGUCACUGCGUGGCUGGAGGAGGACUGUCCCAGCUUCGACUAUGGUGGCUUUGUGGUGGGUGAGUCAGAAGGAGAGGCUCGGUUAUUGGGGAAAAGCAAGGGCGUUGUUGCAGGUGUACCCUUCUUCGACGAGGUCUUUUCCCAGCUAGGAUGCACGGUGGAAUGGCACGUCAAGGAAGGCGAGACCAUUGAACCGAUCAAGCACUGCGCAACCGUCCGCGGCCCCAUCCGCCAGAUCCUCCUGGGCGAGCGCGUCGCCCUCAACAUCCUCGCCCGCUGCUCCGGCAUCGCAACCAAGAGCGCCACGCUCGUCGCCGCCCUCCGCGCCCACGGCUGGAAGGGCAUCCUCGCCGGCACCCGCAAGACGACCCCGGGCUUCCGCGUCGUCGAGAAAUACGGCAUGCUCGUCGGCAACGCAGACCCCCACCGCCACGACCUCAGCUCCAUGACCAUGCUCAAGGAUAACCACGUCUGGGCCUGCGCCAACAACCGCUCCGCCGCGGACGGCGGCUCUGCCCCGGCCUCCGCUAACAUCCAGUCCAUCGCCGCGGCGAUCCCGCGCGCCGUCCACGCGGCCAAGGCCACCGGAGGCUUCUCCACCAAGGUCGAGGUCGAGUGCCGGAGUCUCGAGGAGGCCAAUGCCGCCAUCGACGCUGGCGCGGACGUCAUCAUGCUGGACAAUUUCACCCCGGACGGUGUCCGUGACGCCGCCCGGCAGCUGAAGCAGGAUUGGGCCGGGAAGGGCAAGUCGUUCCUCGUCGAGGUCAGCGGCGGCUUGAAUGAGUCCAAUGCGGCUUCCUAUGCCUGCCCGGAUGUGGACAUCCUCUCAACCAGCUCGAUUCACCAGGGCACUGGCAUCGUGGAUUUCUCCCUCAAAGUGUCGUUGCGGUAG